AUGACAAGCGAGCCAGUUAUUCUAGAGGACAUUCAAGAAUCCGAACUUUCAGGUGAAAAUGGCGAGGUCUAUCUUUUCCAAUGGUUGUCCGCGACGGAGAAGAAGUUGGACGGGAUAUCGUUAAGUGACCUGAAGCCUAGGCAAAACGACUUAGAGAAGACCUACGUCAAGAUCAUCUCAGCAACGGAAUCCUCUCCCCUGCCCGGUCGCGCGAUACGAAACCUCGUUGGGAGAUCCCUGGUCACGCUGUAUACUCGCGGAGAGACACGGACGAUGUUCGAUACCCUGCAAGCAUUCCUUCGACUCGUUGGCGAUUUCAAGACACCCGACAGGGAUGUCGUCAAGACUGCCGCCUUUUCGUGCAUCGGAGACUUGAUGGGCGUGUUUGGAUCCCAGGUGAUGUCGUUCAUGGCCGAGAUCAGUAUGGUCACUGUCAAGACGUUCAGGUCAUCGAGUUCGCCUAUCCUCCGCUAUCAUGCCCUCAUUGCCUUAGCCAAAUCUCUGUCGACGGCGAAACGGGCUGUUCAAGAGUCGACAACCAGAGAUAUCCUCAAACAGAUGAGAUCCGGGCUUACCGACAAAUCACUUCCUGUUCAACGAGCAGCAUCUCGAGUUCUCAUCGAGCUAUAUUCCGGCAGCGAUGCCCUGGUCCUCACACCCUCCGAACUCGACUCGAUUAUCACCUUGUGCGUCAAGAGCCUGGAUGGCGCCGACCAAAUCACCCGACAUUCACAUGCUCAACUUGUCGGCCACCUCCUUGCAUCCACUCAGAUAGAAAGAAUCGUUGCACCGCCAGAAACAGUGCCCAAACCCAAGAAGGAUGCAACUUCGGAGCAGCAGGACGACGACCUGACCGCAGUGGCGGCUGCAGAGGUGACGAAACCAAUGCUGACGCCGAACGAAAUGCUUGUCCACCUGUCGACACACUUCAACAAGCCUUAUGCAUCUCGGAAGACCCGGAUUGGGAUUUCCGACUUCUAUGCUGCCCUCUUCACAAAACUCGGCCCCUCCUUCGUCGAGGCGAAUUUCCCCCUUAUCGUCAGCCAUCUCAUCAACGACAUCGUCUCGCAGCAACGGAAUACAUCAAGUCGAUACGAGGUUUUGUUGAUUAGACGGUUGGUUGGGGUAUUGCUACGAGACUUGGUCGGCGUUCGGAUGCUGAGCGAGCAAGGGCAGAUCGGGGCGAUCCAGGAGCUGGCGAACGCGUAUUUGAAGCGAUGGCCAGCGAUGAUGCCUGGACAAGUGGCCCCAGGUUCGAUUGUGUUGGUUAUUGUGUUGAGAGAGGUGGCUGGGUUGUUACAGCAGCUUGGCAAUGCACCUCCUCCGGUUCAGAACGCCCUAGCAGAACCUCUUGUCACCCUCUUGUCCCACCCAAGUCAUACCGUCCGAGUGACCGCCUCCUGGGCUCUACGAUGCUUCUGCUACUCAACGCCCCUACGCCUACCGAAGACCAUCCUUGUCGUCUUCGACAUGGCGACUCAGCUUCUCAAACGUGCAGGAGAACACGAUCUCAAGAUUGCUGGAGUCGAAGUUGAAGUGGCGUGGACGCUGAUCGCGUCUCUCAUGGCAUUGGGUCCAAAUUUUGUCCGACCACACCUGCCGCAACUCCUCGUACUGUGGAGGAACGCUCUUCCGAAACCGACGAGCAAGGAUGCGGCAGCUGGUGCAGGCAGGAGCGUACACGAAUGGGUGUUUCUUCUUCAUGUCCGAGAAACAGCUUUGGGGUCUAUGCUUUCGUUCCUUCGUAACAAUGCCGUCAUCUCCGGUGCAGGUGCAGGAUUGAUUACCUUAGACGUAGCCCGCCGAAUUGCCUCUCUCCUCUCCAACGCCCUCUCCUUCGCAAACAACUUCAUCUCAGUAGGCGUCGAAGACCCUCUCGAAACACAACCUCCCAUCCCCGGCGCCCCUCGACGUAAAGGACCUACCUUACGAGAACGCGAAGCCCUUCUCCGCCGACGUGUCCAUCAAUGUUUUACUGCCCUAGGAUUCUCCUCCAUCCCUGACCAGACGCAAACGGUGCUCUUGCAGAGUGCUGUGUCAUUGUUUGCGAGCCCUGAUGCGGGCGGAUACGCUUAUGCCCCACCCGGAUCGGCGGUACAAGCUGCGAUUGCGAGUUCUUCGGGCAGUUUUACGAGUGUAUGGGCAACGGCGGAUGGAUAUGCUUAUGGUGUAACGGGCGAAGAGAUCGUGGAUAUGGGUGGGUUGGAGAGGGGUGGGUUGGAUAGUGCGCAGGGUGUUAGUGGCGAGGGCGGGGAUUAUCUGAAUAGGGAUACCGUCGAGGUUGCACUCGAUACACUGAACCGGAAACCCAUCCUCGGCGCGGUCGAACACGACCCACUCUCGUUAUGUCACGCCAAGAUAUCAGAAGCCGAGUACGAGCUGAGCGAACCGCCACCACCCGCCACAGCCGUUGUCGAUACCGCCAUUGAGCUUUUCUCUCGCCUCCUUCCCUUGCAGGAUCUUCAGGCAACGCAGAAGAUCAUUGCAUUGCUUGUUGAGUCUGUUCGUUCGCCGAAGCUAGAGAAGAACGCUGGAAGGAAGGCGGCAGUGUUCGUAAACGCGACGGUUGCACUGGUGUUGACGUUGCGAUACGCCUCGGCAACGAACUUUAGGCAGGCAAGGGAUACAUUUGGGAAUGGGCAGAUUACGAGUUUGUUGUCGCCGUUCUUGAUGGAAGCAAUUGUCGACGGAGACCUGGUUCUACGAUCAGCAGCGAGUGAAUCUAUCGGUCGACUCGCAAGCUUAUCCGGAACCAACUUUCUUACGGGUCAGAUCAAGGAUCUUGUCGAUCAAGUUGUGAACAAUCGCAAUCCGAAUGGUCGUGCAGGUUGUGCCCUGACAUUCGGCGCAAUAUACAGUCACGUUGGUGGUCUCGCGGCAGGACCGCUACUCAAGACCACCGUCAACGUUCUCAUGUCACUCAUCAACGACCCCCAUCCAACCGUACACUUCUGGGCUCUCAAUGCUCUUGCCCGUGUUAUCAACGCUGCAAGCUUGGCCUAUGCACCAUUCGUCUCGAGCACUCUCGGAAUGUUGCUCAGGGUUUACCUGACGGAAUCGCAUGAACGAGAAGGCGGAAAUCUAUCGAAUGCGAACACUAGUGGCGACUUUCCUGCGUACCCGAUAGCAUGUCAAAUCAUCGAUUCCGUCAUCACAGUACUCGGGCCAGAUAUCCAGGAGUCUUCAAGGACGCGGGCAUUGGUGCAGAGUCUCGUCCACGAGUUCUCUUUGGAGGAAGAUGAGGGCAUAUGUGUUGAGGCGAUCAAAUGCAUCCAGCACUUCCUCAUGUUCGCUCCAGAGCACGCCAACAUCCCAGACCUUGUCAAACGGUUCAGGAGUCAUUUAUCAUCUUUACGCCGACCACUUAAGCUCGCCUCGAUCAACGCCCUUUACCAACUCGUCCAGAAAGAUGCCUUAUCGAUGUCGAAACUCGGAGGCGAUAGACUGGUUGAGGACCUCUUCGGCAUGUUAGACGACGAUUCCUCGGUGCAAGGCGUGCGCAACGUCAUCUCCAGCUGGCUGCAGCAGACCGUUAUCUACAACCCAUCAGCAUGGAUUGACCUAUGCCAACGCAUCAUGGCACGUACGACGGCGUCACAACAAGUCGCUGACGCGGCUUCUCGCCAGAACCUGAAGGAUGAUGAGGGCGAAUCAUUGAACGUUGGGUUGUCACAAGAUUCAUCGAGUGGAGGACGGAGUAGACUUACAUCGCGAUGGCGAACACAGCUAUUUGCUUUGCAGUGUCUGCACGACAUCUGUAUGAUCGUGGCCAACAGCGGUCGCAGAGAACACCUCAACGCUAUCAUCGCCCGCACACAGGGUAUACCUUCGUCAGGUCUCCUUCUCUCGAGGGUGGCCGAUUUGAUUAAGAUGGCAUUUACGGCGUCGACUGCUUACGUCACCGAGAUUCGGUUGGCAGGUUUAGUUGUGCUCAAAGACGUGAUUGAGAUCUUCGCCGCAACUCCUGAUCCGGCAUAUGAAGAUGCCCUCCUCCUCGAGCAACAUCAAGCGCCAAUAACUGCUGCUCUUACCCCAGCGUUCUCGUCCGAUUCAACGCCGGAGAUUCUCGCGUCAGCAGUAGAUGCAUGCGCUGUUUUCGUAGGAUGCGGAGUAGUGAAGGAUGUUGGACGAAUGGGUCGGAUCCUGAAGCUGCUGACUACGGCAUUGGACCAGUCGAAAGACGCAGGGAUGCUAUCUCUUGGAGAAACUGGGGAGCUGAGCCCGAAUGCUUCCGCCAUGCUCAGAAUUUCGACGUUAUCUGCCUGGGCACAGUUACAAGUGUCCAGCAGCCAGCAGACCUACCUUGAGAACGUCGUCAAGCCUUAUCGUUCGACACUCUGUUCGUUGUGGAUAGCCUCUCUACGCGACUACGCUAGCAUUCGCAUUGACUCCGAGUUCCUACACGACACAUCCUCUGUCGCUCUGGACUCAUCCUACUCCAGUCUUGGAAAGGAGGUGUUACUUCCGUACUAUUCCAUGUCAUGGGCCACGAUCCUCCAGGCUGUCGCUACCACCAUGCAGACAGGGGAUCCUUUCAUCUUAGCUGCUAUGGAUGGAAAGGAGGUGGCCGACAAGGGCAAGGAUCUCAUUCCUACGAACGAGAGAAAGGAACCAACCGCUUUCUUCUUUAUCAUUUUCGGCCUCGUUUACGAAGCACUGGCGACUUCAUCAGCAGAGGCAUCGUCGUCGGCGACUCUUCGUCACUCUGGCGUCCUCGCGGCUCUACAAGCAUUGAAAUGUCUCGUUCGUCCCCAAUACUCGGGUUCAGCCAUCAUGGAACCCACGAUUUUCGAAGAGUUCAUCAGCCUUUGCUAUCGUAUGGGUAUGACAGAAUCGCCAGCAAUCCAAGUUCAUCUCGUUGAAAUGCUUGCCAUUUUCGCUGCGACGCAAUCAUCAUCGGCCGGAUCAGAUGUUCUUACCUUGACCUCUCCGCCGGCGCAUUGCCUGCGCAUUUGCUCGCAUAUUCUGAAGCAGUCGACCUCUGCUCGGGCGAGCCUCGCUCCAGCUCAACUGUCAGAUCGGAUUGCUCUUAUAUCAGCCGCUCUAUCUGCAUUUGCUUCCAUCGCGGGAUCUAUUACUUCUACUCAGAGGGAGGAUGUUCGUGCCGUCGCGAUCUUACUCUAUGCUGAUAUGCUGAAGGAUGAGACCUCAGAAGUUGACUUGGUCUCGCCCACACUUCCAUCACUGAAACUCUUGCUUGACCUUCCGGUUUCGCAAGGGCCAGACGACAAGGACAGAUACAGUCGACUCAUACAUGCUUUGCUUUCCGCGUGCCUCCUCAAUAUAGACAGUAUGCGAGGUCGGCGAGGGGCCAUAUCCACAAAAAAGAUGAAGACCAACAUGUUGGCGUUGGUCCUGAUUCUAACAAUCAUCGCGCCUUGGGUCAAGAUCGGAAGGGCGGUCGUUGAGCAUGCAUGCUUCCUGAUUUCGCAGAAGCUUUCGGAUGCAGACGAGACUUCUUUGACAGCAGCCCACUGCUCUAAGACCCUUGUCCUUGCUUCUUCGACUGGCAGCCCCAUUCUUCGACAAUGUGCUCGACUUCUCCUCCCCGGUCUUAUCGAAUUUGUUGCCAAAGUCGCGCCGGCCGUCCAUGAAGGAAGUGUUUCAGAGACGCAGGCUGCUGCAAUAAGCGAGGUUUGGAAAGCAUUUGCGGCCCUUUUCACCUCCACUGCGGAAGAUCUCAGGUCAAGGCUGUUGGGCAUUCUGUUGCCGACUAUCUCGCUCUUACUGUCGAGUACUACGCCGUUGCAGCCGACCGCCGCGUCCGUCACGAACCAGACCGUUACCCAACUUCUCUCGUUCGCCACAACCUCGCCUCAAGCAUUCAAGGAAGCAGCAGAAAAGCUUGACGCCUCAACUCGCGAGCUGUUGGAGCAAUCCAUCCGUCGGGCCGUUGGUGGAGCAGCACCAUCUGCAGCUCAAGCAGCAACUAAACCUCAGAUAUCACUUCGUUCGUUCUGA